AUGAGAUUGGCUAAAUCAGUUGAUUUGGGACUGAAAAUGUCUUCCCAACCAAUCAAUCGAACAAAGUUUGAGGUUACAUCUGAUAACAAGAGUUAUGUUGUUGAUCUUAGCAGUUACACAUGCACAUGGGUGCAGUCAUAUGGUCAUUUUGAACACUUCCCCGUAGAGUUUAGAUUAUCCAUUUAUGGUUCUGCACGAAUGGUGAACCAGAACCCAUCAUCAUAUGUGAAUGAUUACUUUUCCACUGCUACUCUCUAUGAAAUAUAUUCUGAUGAGGUGAUGACACUACCGAAUUAUGAAGAUUGGCGUAUUCCUGAGGAUAUUGCUUUGAGGGUUGUGCUAACACCGGGUGAUGUUCGACAAGCUAGGAGGCUGCGUGAGAAGAGGAUUAAGAGUGAUGGUUCCAACUCAUCGAGUAGUCGUGUUUGUUCUUGA